AUGACAGACAACAAUGAAUACAAUGUUACUACUAAGACAAUUUUCACAUAUAUUCCCAAUCUGAUAGGUUAUUCCAGGGUGGUCACAGCCAUCGUCUCAUUAUUUUUAAUGAAACAGCACCCUAUAUAUAUGACCUUCAUAUAUGGAGUUUCAUGUCUACUGGAUGCGUUCGACGGGACCGCUGCUAGGAGAUAUAACCAAACAUCAAAAUUUGGUGCCGUACUUGAUAUGGUUACUGAUAGGUGCACCACUGCAUCUCUAAUAGCAUUUUUGGUGAUUCUGUAUCCGUCGUAUGCUAUUUUAUGGCAAUGUCUCAUUUCUUUGGAUUUGGCAUCACACUACAUGCACAUGUAUGCUUCUUUGGUAGCAGGAAGUGGAUCACAUAAGAAUAUUGAUGAAGGCGAAAACUUUCUUCUCAAACUUUACUACACUUCUAAGAAGGUGUUAUUUACAGUAUGUGCAUUCAAUGAGUUGUUCUACGUCGCACUUUAUUUAGCUGCUUUUGAUUUCAACCCUCUUCCACUGGUGAAUAUGACUUUUGGUAGAUUAUUGGCUGUUGUUUCAUUUCCAAUAUGGCUUUUCAAGCAGUUCACCAAUGUUAUCCAGUUAGUUGGUGCGGCUACAAAACUGGCAGAGAUAGAUGUUACAGAUAAGGUCAACGAAUUGCGCAAGAAAGAUGGCAAAUGA